UUCGCUCCAAAUAUCAUCCUUCUUUUUUUUUCUUUUACUCUCUCUUUCUCUCAGUUACUGUGUUUGUUUUCUCUUAUAAAAUAAACUUCGCUUUCAAGACUCACCCCGUGACACCAUCUCUAACACACUACUACGUUUUUAUUCAUUUAUAAAUAACAACACCCACUUACCCAUAACAACGCAUUACAUUCAUUCAUUCAUUCAUCACGGUUACCAAAGAAAAUAACCAACCGUCUCAAAAUGGCAUUGGGCAAACCGUUAUUGAAAUUGUGCGUAUUUGUUGCGGUGCUUGUGGUGGUCAUUGGAGGAAGCAGCGGUGCACAUGAUUAUCAGGAGGCAUUAUCGAAGGCGAUACUCUUCUUCGAAGGACAACGAUCGGGGUUUCUGCCGGAGGACCAGAGAUUGAAGUGGCGUGGGAAUUCGGGUCUCAGUGAUGGGUGGAAUUACAACUUCGACCUUACCGGCGGGUAUUACGACGCCGGUGAUAAUGUGAAAUUUGGGUUUCCGAUGGCAUUCACGACGACAAUGUUGUCGUGGAGUGUAAUUGAAUUCGGUGACAACAUGCCUCCCAAUGAACUCAGAAACGCUUUGGUCGCAAUUCGUUGGAGUACUGAUUAUUUGUUGAAGACCGUUUCUCAGCCCAAUCGCAUUUUCGUUCAGGUGGGUGACCCAAUCGCAGACCACAACUGCUGGGAGAGGCCAGAAGACAUGGACACAAGCAGGAGUGUGUAUGCUAUUGAUGCACCUAACCCAGCUUCGGAUGUCGCCGGCGAAACCGCAGCUGCCCUUGCCGCUUCAUCCAUGGCAUUCCGAUCAUCGGACCCUGGUUAUUCAGAGACAUUACUCCGAAGUGCUGUUAAGGCCUUCGAAUUUGCAGAUAGUUACAGGGGUGCAUACAGUGACAAUGCUAAUGUUAAGGAUGGUGUCUGCCCUUUUUAUUGUGAUUUUGAUGGAUACCAGGACGAAUUGUUAUGGGGUGCCGCAUGGUUAAGGAGGGCGACACAAGAUGAAAAUUUCCUCAACUACAUUCAAAGCAAUGGUAAAACACUUGGUGCUGAAGACAACAUAAAUGAAUUUGGUUGGGACAACAAGCAUGCUGGCCUCAACGUUCUUGUCUCCAAGGAAGUCCUAGAAGGAAAUGUAUAUUCUCUUGACUCUUACAAGGCAUCAGCAGAGAGCUUCCUAUGCACACUAAUACCAGAAACAUCAAGUUCACACAUAGAGUACACUCCUGGUGGACUCAUAUACAGACCAGGUGGAAGCAAUUUACAACAUGCAACAUCAAUUGCAUUCCUCGAAUUAGUCUACGCCAAUUACUUAUCUCGCACGUCACAAUCCAUCAACUGUGGUAACGUUUAUGUUAGUGCACAAACACUUCGUGAACGUGCUAAGAGACAAGUUGAUUACAUUUUAGGUGAUAAUCCAUUGGGUUUAUCUUACAUGGUUGGUUAUGGUAACAAUUAUCCACAACGUAUUCAUCACCGUGGUUCAUCUUUACCUAACAUUAAGGAUCAUCCUCAAAAGAUUGCUUGCAAAGAAGGUUCAAUUUACUUCAAUUCAACAAAUCCUAACCCAAAUGUUCUUGUUGGAGCCAUUGUGGGCGGACCUGGUGAAGAUGAUGUUUAUAUGGAUGACAGGGCUGAUUAUAUAAAGUCUGAGCCAACCACAUAUAUUAAUGCACCAUUUGUUGGGGUUUUAGCAUACUUUGCUAAUAAUAAUAAUCCUAAUUAAUAUUUAAUUGGUUACUAUAUAUGAUUAUUACAUAUAUAGAGAUCUAAGUAUUUUCUUUUGUAGAUAGAUGAAAGAUAUACGUAAGGGAAAGGUUAAUGUCUCUCAUCUUGAGAAAAGCAAGAAGGAAGAGGCUUUCUUGUAUUGGCCGGAUACAAAAUAUAUUAGGAAUAGUACAGAAUUUGAAGUCACAAUGUAUGUGACUUAAUUUUCCAUUGAAGAAUGAAAAAUCAACAAGAACUUGAUAUUGUGUAAUGUUUUUUUUCUUUGUUGACUUUGAUCACAAGAAAUGAGUGAGAUUGUCAUAUUGUGGUUGUUUGUUAAUUAUCUUGAAGUUAGCAAUGAAGUUUUUUUUUUUUUUGA